AUGAGUAUAGCAGAGCCCAAAGAUAGUCCAUACUGCAUUCCAGGGGCAUCACACCAUGCUCUGCAGGCGGCCCUGCAAACACUAAAGGAACGAUGCCAAACUUUCCAGAAACGGAUUGCUUCGCUUGAAGAGGAAAAUGGAACGUUACGAGCUUUGCAAACAAAACCUCCAACAGUCGCUAACGAUCAAUACCCCGAGAGGAGAAAUUCAAAUCCAACAGAGUUGGAAAGGCUGCAAGCAAUCGUGUUUGAGCUAACGCACCAGAAAAUGCAGAUGGCCGAACAUAUAUCGAUGGUGACCUCCGAAAACAGGCAGCUAUGGAAACGGUUGUCGCUGAUUGUGAAAGAGAUCACGUUAUCAUUACCAGAGGCUAACGUUGGAGAGGUCGGAAUAAGCGUUGGGCCAAGCACUACGUUAGUUACUGUUAACCAGCAGCAAACGCCAGCGGCCAUCCAGCCGGGGCAGAAUCUCAUACGUUCACGAACGUUUACCAAGCAUGCUCCUAACCCCAAACUACGUGAACGCCUGCCACGAGACGGUUCGUCGGACGAAGAGCUGAUCAAUCUGGAAGAUAUAUCGUUGUUAAAUACUUGCGGAUUCCUAGAGUCUAACAGUGCAGAUGAACAGCAAGGUUUGACGAGUUCGCAAGAAGAACUAUUGCACGCUACUUUAGAGGCAAAUCCAGACUUCAGUCGAUGUACUGAAGGAUUACUUGAUAUACAACGGGAACUAACGCGUCAACAGCAGACAAUGAAGAAUGUUUUUAAUCAAUUAAAACUUCCGAAAGAGUUGUGCCAUCGAUGCAAAAAUCGUCAGCCGGUUCCCGAGAGCAAAAAACUUAUGAAGGAUGUUACAGUAGAAGUAGAAGAAAGCGAAUUAUUACCGGUAGCAGAACAGCAGCGGCAACCGUCGGCGGAAUGCUUGAUACCUCAGCCAGCUCCUCGAGAAAGCACAUUCCCUACAGCAACUGGUAUCGCCUUAAGAAAAGAAGCUUGCCAACUCGAUACAAUGGCAGUUACCGAUGAUAGCGAAUCGGUUAAGAAUGGCAUGAUCAAUCUGUUGCAAGAAAAACUGCGUGCUAAUGGGAUAGAGAAGGUUUGUCCUAUGUGUGGUAAGCUGUACGGUCAGGAAACGAUUUUCGAUGAGUUUCAGGGCCAUGUUGAGUCACAUUUUCUUGUCGAAAAUGAAUUAGAUGAGCUCAGCCUUGACCGAGCCUACGAAUACAUCUCACAAACUGUGGGUAAUUUCUGACCAUCGCCCGGUUCCCGGCGUCGAAUUUUUUUCUCUAGUGAGCUCUAGUACACAGUUAUCUAACUGGUUAUCUAACCCAUACUUUGAUGUGUAAUUUGUUUAAGGACGUUGUAAAUUACAAAAUAUGGUCGCAUAUCUCAUUUCCUUAUUUCCUUGACCGUUAGUAUAUUAUUCUCGAUAAAGAGUAUACUAAAAAAGUAUAUAAGUGCAAGUGAUCGAGUAAAUAAAAAUUUUAUAGCCUUAUUAGCCCUACUUGCUGACGAAAAUUUUAGAAAUCAUUCAAAGCGUUAAGGAUAACGUAUACUGUUUUAGGCUAAAACCACUCAGCUGCCCUACAACGGGGAAGUAUACACUUGUGAUUUAGAUCUGGCACAGAACAAAGACGUAUGUAAUACAAAAUAACAAAAAUGUUACGUUGAUUCCCUUCAGAUCUGCUCUUUGAAGUUCGGAUCAAACCGUAAUAGAUUCGCUAUCCUAUGCCUUUCGCAACAAUUUCAUGAAAGUCUUGUUCUAGUGUAGUAUUCUUCUUGAUCAGCUCAGACAAAAAUCUAUUGGUACCAGGAGCCUAAUUGAUUUUCAACCGACAGACGGCUUUUUGGGUUUCAUCAUUGCAAGGUGGCAGUAGCAACAAAGAAAUGAAAGAUGUAUAUUAAGACA